CAAAAGGAGAAUGAAAAAGAAAGCAAUUGAAAAAGAGAUCAAGAACCAAAGAGUGAGUGACUCAGAACAGCAGCAGCAGCAGUUGAAGAAAGGAGAGAGAAAAAGGACAUACUUAUGCAUCAUCAUCAUCUGCUUAAAGACUUAACAAAAAUACAAGUAGAAGCAGAAGCAGCAAUGGAUAUGGAUUCAUGGGCAUCAAAAGUUCAUUCUUCUAGGCAUUUCUCCUCCCAUCUCAGCUCAGGAAAUAGAUUAGUGCUGGAUGAUUCAGAAGUAAAGGAUGAUGCAAGGGCUUAUUUCACAUGUCCAUUCUGUUAUAUCGAUAUCGAACUCACUACACUUUGUGAUCAUCUACAAGGAGAACACUGCUUUGAUGUCAAGAAUGCGGUUUGCCCUGUGUGUGCACUGAAUCUGGGAAAAGAUGUUGUCGGGCAUUUUAAAACGCAUCAUAUGAGUUCUAUCAAGACUCGGAGAAGGUCUCAUAAGUCAGGAUUCUGGAACUUCUAUGCUGGAAGAAUGGCUGGUGGCUUGAGUGCAAAAGGUGGCACCGAAAAUGUGAAUGCUUUAACAUCCGAUCCACUUCUGUCUCCAUUUUUGUUUAAUGUACCAUAUUCAGAAACUAAGGAUGAUCAAUCUCAAGAUACGUGUUCUAUUGAUGAUCUCCCAUCCAUCCCAGAGAAAGAAAGCUCAAAGUCAUCAAAGUUGAAACAAAAAGAAGAAAAGGAAGACUCAGAAGAGUUGAGGCAGAGAGCAGCAUUCUGUCAGCAGUUAUUUUUUUCAACCAUAGUCUAAAAUCCCUCCCAUUAAUCAGUAGUGCUUAAAUAUGAGAUUAGUUUCCUGUCAAGGUAAGGUAAGAGAUGUAGCACAUGUUUUCGGGUGCACAAUUAUCUUCCAUAUUCAUUCCCAGGGUCUAGUAAUUUCCACAUAAAUUAAGAGUAUAUGUAAUAUUGAUGUUUAUUAAAGGCAAUUAGAUAUGGAAAUUUAUUAAUUGCAUAGAACGCUUAUAUGAACAGCCAA